AGAGUAGUUUGGUGAGUCCGCAAAGGACACGACGUCGAUACGCUUGGGAUAAAAUUGAAGGAUUCUACAAAAACAAAUACAGCACCAACAUGCCAAACUGGGGAGGAGGUAACAAGUGUGGUGCAUGCCAGGGGACGGUGUACCAUGCCGAGGAGGUGCAGUGUGAUGGGAAGAGCUUCCACAAAUGCUGCUUCCUGUGCAUGGUCUGCAGAAAGGGUUUAGACAGCAACAAUGUGGCCAUCCACGACACUGAGAUCUACUGCAAGUCCUGCUAUGGGAAGAAGUACGGCCCCAAGGGCUACGGCUACGGUCAGGGAGCUGGGACACUCAGCAUGGACCGUGGAGAGAGACUGGGGAUCAAACCAGAGGAGACCCAGUGUCACAGACCCACCACCAACCCCAACCCCUCCAAAUUCGCCCAGAAGUUCGGGGGCUCGGAUAAGUGUGGCCGGUGUGGGGAGUCAGUGUACGCUGCGGAGAAGAUCGUGGGGGCAGGCAAGCCAUGGCAUAAGAACUGCUUUCGGUGUGCCAAGUGUGGGAAGAGCCUGGAGUCUACCACCCAGACAGAGAAAGAUGGAGAGAUCUACUGCAAAGCAUGUUACGCAAAGAACUUUGGUCCCAAAGGAUUUGGUUAUGGCCAGGGAGCUGGAGCUCUGGUGCAUGCCCAAUGAUGACCACCCUCAAGACAACGUAUUUCUGACUGAAAACCGCUGUGCCUAUGCUUCGCUGUUUAAAGGCUGGGGGGAGGGCCAUAAUACGGAGGAUUUACAAAUAUACAUUAUACAAUAAAUAAAAAGCUAUUCC